AUGAGCGGGAGCAACAAGUGCACGGGUUGGACCGUGACCAACAACAAUGAGUGUUACUUGAAGACGAGCGUCGGGGACAUGCAGAGCGAUGCGGGCGUUCAGGGCAGCGGCUACUGCUACCCCAGCUGCGGGGACCAGCAGAACCAGCAGAACAACGAUGGGCACAAUUACGAGGGCCCGAUCCAGGUGCAGAACGCAGAGUUCUGCAAGGUGAGGUGCCAGGCUUCUGGGGGCCAAUGCAAGGGCUGGACUGUGACCAACAACGGUGAAUGCUACCUGAAGGAUAGCGUUGGGCCCAUGAGGCCUGAUGGGGGAGUGCAGGCCAGCGGCAAUUGCUAG